GGCCGGAAGCCGGGGACGAGGCCGGAAGCCAGCACAAGUCCGUCAUCCUGCGCUCAUCCUGCGCGGCGCGGCUCAGCGAAGCGAAGAUGGCGGCCUCCAGGUGGGUGCGUUUCUCCUUGCUCCUGCUUUGGGCCUUUGACCUUCUGCUGCUGCUGCCGCCACCUGGAGGUUGCGCAGAGGGCCCGGCCGGAACGACCAGCGAGGCUACUCCACCUCCACGGAAGAAGAAGAAGGACAUUCGCGACUACAACGAUGCGGACAUGGCCCGUCUCCUGGAACAGUGGGAGAAAGAUGAUGACAUAGAAGAAGGAGAUCUUCCAGAGCACAAGAGACCUUCAGCACCUGUUGACUUCUCCAAGAUAGAUCCGGGCAAACCUGAGAGCAUCCUGAAGAUGACAAAGAAAGGGAAGACACUCAUGAUGUUUGUCACUGUAUCUGGGAGCCCCACGGAGAAGGAGACAGAGGAAAUCACAAGCCUGUGGCAGGGCAGCCUGUUCAAUGCCAACUAUGAUGUGCAGAGGUUCAUUGUGGGAUCAGACCGGGCCAUCUUCAUGCUUCGGGAUGGGAGCUACGCUUGGGAAAUCAAGGACUUUUUGGUCAGCCAGGACAGGUGUGCUGAUGUCACUCUGGAGGGACAGGUGUACCCUGGCAAAGGAGGAGGAAGCAAAGAGAAAAAUAAAACAAAGCAAGAGAAGGGCAAAAAGAAGAGAGAAGGGAAUUCAAAAUCACCAGCCUCAAAGGAAGACAACCGAGCUGGGAGUCAGCGAGAAGACCUGUGACAGUGCUGCUCCCCAGGGAGCAGAGGGACAAGGGAGCCCCUUGCUGGACUCCCAGGUAGGGUGGGUGCUGCACACCUGGUGACAUUCUUGUUCUCCAAAUGGUCAACCACAUACCGUUGUGAAGCCUUCAGGGAUGGAGGCAGAGGUUUCCAGAUUAAUAGCAGACACUGACAGAUUCAUGUUCACUCCAGAAUCACCGACCAAGGAACCUGACUGUGUCACUUUCCCAUUAGACCUGGUGGGUUAUUGACUGCCAGGACUGCUGCCUCGCCUCGCUGCUCUGCUCUGGUGCCGUGCUAUGUCUGCUUCUAAUUUCCUGUCGACCAAAAAGAUAGCAGGUUUUGUUCCAACAAGCUUUUAAAAGUCUUGGCUUCGUCAAGUCAGACUGUUGAGCCACAACCAUCAUUUGUAUCACAGUGAAAGUAAAAUGGGCCCUGGUAUUUGAUGUGUCAGUCACCAGGAAGCUGGGUGUAUGAACCCAUCCCUGCAGGAAGUGUGGGAGUGGAAGCAGUGCCACUCAGUGUUUACUCGGGAUGUCACUAACUGAAGUUCCUGUCCUCAGCUGGAGGGAACUCUUGCUGUCUGUCAGGUCAUGUGGCUUCUUUAUGGAGGAUGGAAUGAGACUGCUGUAAAGUAUGUGAGUGGGGACCAGCAGAGCCCCAAGCAGGUGUGGCAGAAGACAGGACAACCUCAUUUACAGUGUUCUAGACAUUUCCUUUGAUAAAGUGCCUAAACUUGUGAUGUUUUUGUAUGAUACUAACUUGAUGUGUUGCCAUUCAUGUCUGAAGUUUUGCCAUUCGUACAUGGGAGCUGACUCCGAAAAAGAGGACAUUUAUAUGCAGAUACCCAUCCUUUUUAGGAGUUUAAAUUCUUUGAAAAAAAAACUUUAAUUAUGGUUUUAAGGCAUUAAAAAUAACAAAUGUACAUGUACGUGGUUAGAAAAUGUCACUGUUAAAGGGUGGUACAAAGUGGAAACUGUCCCUGCCACCAGUACCUUGUCCCUUGUCCCAGUGGAGCCACUGUUCAUAAUUUGUUUCAAAAAAAAGAAACAUAUUUGCCAGCUCACAGUGGUGUGCUUUGGCCUUGCUCUUCUGCCUUCCUAGACUCGGAGCCACACCUUCGCUCCUCUCUCCAUCUCAGCUGGGAGCACAGUGGGCUACAGGCUGAGGUCUGUGUGACCCAGGCCUGGGCAUCAGGCCCAGUCAGCCCAGCCUGGGAGUUGUGCGUGAGUCCCCUCGGGAGCAAGUGUUUCUUAUUUCUGGUGCAUUUUGAGCCUGGGAGGAUGAGAGGCUGGAGCAGCUGCAGCCACCUUGCUGUUUGAGGGUGGAGCUAUCACAGACAGCAGCAGAAGCGGGUGCAGUGCCGCACCCUGGUAUCCACCAGGGUCUGAAACAAGCCCUGUUCUUCAGUUUUUAGAGUAAUUUGCUGGGUUCUAUGCCCAUAACAGUCCAGGAGGGAGUUAACUGCUGGUUAGUUCUAAUUAUGCAGGAAGGAUGGGGCCUCCCCACUCCCCUGCAAUGGUGCCCACUUCAGCACACAUCUCUGACCCUGCUUCCUGUCCCCAGGGUCUGAGCAUCUGCUGGGUGCCAUGCACUGCUGGGGCAGUCAGGUACAGCCAUGCUGUGGUGGAGCUUUGGUCAGAUGGCCAUGGCGGGAGUGGGCAAGAAGUAUUGGGGCAGAAUCCAGAAUCAGUGUUUCCUGUCUCACCCUUCUGCUGACACCCCGGGGGAAGAGAUACCCUGUCUUCCAAGCCUGAAACGCUCUGCAGACUCAAGAGGAGAAGGAAAAUCAGGUUUCUGAUGAAUUGGUCCUCAUGCUUUUAAUGUUUAGUGAUCGAAUAAAUUUGGAUGAUGUAAUCAA